CCCUGAAUCCACCAGCUCACAACCUCUUAGGGAGCAGUGAGAAAUAAAAGAAAGAAAUGAACUCUCUACUCCAAAGCACAGCUGCUCUAAUCCUGCUCCUCAUCAUGACUGCUACCGCCUUGCCCACCUCGAAAUCCUCCAAGGAAGAACUUUCAGACGUCGCUCUGCCAAACAAGUCACCCUCGAGCAAACAGCCAUUUGGAAAUCCCGAGUCCCUCACAAAGACUCUCUGGAAACAAGCUAACGGUUUGAAAGACAAGAUAUGUGACGACUACAGUUUGUGUGAGGAAAAUAAAGUGGUACUUGCAGAAAACAAUAUGAACCUUCCAAAAAUGACAGAAGAAGAUGGAUGCUUCCUUUCUGGCUUUAAUGAGGAGACAUGCCUUAAAAGGAUCAUCACUGGCCUUUCAGAAUUUCAGAUAUACCUGAAAUAUGUACAAAAAACAUUCAAGGGUGAAGAGAAAAUACUGGAAUCCAUACAGAACUAUACAAAACAUCUCUCUAAUAUCUUGAAGCAGAUGAUGAAAACUUCAGACGCAGGAACCGAACCAUCUCCUAUGUCACAGGAGAGCCUGUUGACAAAACUCCAGUCACUGGAAAAGUGGACUAAGACAAUCAGCAUGCAGCUCAUCAUUUCAAACUUCACCAAAUUUAUAGAGGACACUAUGAGAGCUGUUCGUUUUAUGAAGACCAGGAGUCUGAAUGCCUGAAUGUUUUAGUUCAUGCACAUUCCUUUGUCAACCAGAAAAUCUGCCUACCUGGCAGAUAAUCGUGUUAUUCUUUAUAAGAAUCAAGAGUAUGAAGUAUGAUCAUAGAGGCACUAUGAAUAAUUAUUUAAAAUUUAUUUAUUUGUAUUUAAAAUAUUUAUUCCUAGUGUUAAUUUAUAUUUUCAUAUUGUAACGUAUUUAAAAUAUUUUAUAUUUGCAUUCUUAUAACAAAAUAUUAUACAACUGCUAAGUCACUCGCACUUUUUACUUGUUGAGCUACCUACAAAGCCCCUGUAAAGAUAUGUAAUUUGUCUCAAGUGUCUGGCUAAUUUAUAUUUUUUUUAAACUAGAGAUAUUUAUAAUCUAUUUUUGCAGUUUACAAAGUCCGU